UCUUAUAGGUGUUCAAUGUGCAAAUUCCAAACUUAAAGCUAGGCUUCGCCGUCCGCGACGUUAAAAAAAAAGAGAGAGAAAAGUGAGGAGGCGAAAGGAAAGUACCGCCAAAUUUCAAGGGCCAUCCGGUCUUUUUAUCCAACUUCGCUUUGCUAUUCUGUUCCGUUCUCUACUUCUCUUACCCAGUAAAAAACCCUAGCGGCUGCACUCGCAGUUAGAAACUUGAAAAAAAAGGCAAAAAUGGAGUUUUCUCAAGCCGAUUUCGAUCGCCUAUUACUCGCCGAACACACUCGAAAAACCUCUGAACUUAACUACGCGAAGGACCCUCUUGACGCCGAGAAUUUAACGAAAUGGGGAGGAGCGUUACUGGAACUAGCUCAAUUUCAGACUGUUUCAGAUGCAAAGAAGAUGAUAACUGAUUCAAUUUCGAAAUUGGAUGAGGCUUUGAUGAUAAAUCCCUCCAAGCACGAAACUUUGUGGUGCAUGGGAAAUGCGUACUCCACUUCUGCAUUUAUGACUACGGAUCAUGAUGAGGCUAAGGUUUCUUUUGAUAAGGCUGCUCAGUUUUUUCAAAGAGCAGUAGAUGCGGAUCCGGACAAUGAGCUAUAUCAGAAGUCUUUAGAAGUUGCAGCUAAGGCCCCAGAGUUACAUAUGGAGUUCCAAAAGGCUGCAGCUGAUCAACAGGCUAUGGCUGGGGCACCUUCUGCUUCGUCAACUGCAAAUUUUCAGGCUGCCAACAAGAAGAAGAAGAACAGUGAUUUAAAGUAUGACAUAUUUGGAUGGAUAAUCCUUGCUGUUGGAAUUGUUGCAUGGGUGGGAAUGGCGAAAUCCCAUAUUCCUCCACCUCCUCCAAGAUAAAAAGUCUUGCUUUACUAGUACUUGAGGUAACCAUUCUGGUUACUUUGGUGGAAGGUUCAUACCUUUUUCAUUAGAAAGUUCACCCUGGUUCGCUUUAGAAAAUUGGAGCAAGUGGCUUGCUGUCAUAUUUUGAUUUUGAUUCUAGUACAUUUUCUUUUCCCUUAAUGUAAUUACAAUUUGAUUAGGAUGGCUAUCUCGGAUAUUGAUUAUGAAUUAAUUAUUUAAUAGAUAUAAUAAGUAUUUUGUUUU